CUGAAAAAAAACGAGUUGAAUUAAUGAAUUUAAAGAAACUUGGUCCUAAAGUAAUUGAAAAACAUCCGAAAGCGAUCUAUACAAGUAGAGCAUUAAGUUCUUUAAUUUCUAGGUCCUCUGUGAAUUCCUUUAAUGAUGCACUAGAUAAUAAAUUUGAGACUUUGAUUCAAGAAUCAAGAAAUGAAGAGUAUAUUUCAAAAGAAUAUGAGUUUGAUAUGGAUACUCGGAGGUUACUUGCAAUAAAUACUCAACCUCCAAAUACAAUAUCAACACCAAAUUCUUCAAAAAAACGAAGGAACAACGAAUUAGAAGCUAAAACUCAAGUAAAUAAAAAGCAAAUUAAAAACUUCUAG